AUGGAUGGUCCUGUGGUCAUAUUUCCAAGGCCUAACCCAGACAAGGGCGGUUAUCCACUUGAAAACCCUUAUCAGCCUUCCCCCAAAUUAGCCGCGGAGCUUCGAACACCGGAGGAACAAGCUGCUAAGGCGAUAGCACCGGUGAAGGCUGAAUAUCUCCGCCCGCCUCCUUCGAGAACGGCUUUUAUGGCUAAGAUUGAAGAAGACGCCGGCAAUGACGUGGCCGAGAAGAAAACUGCUCCUUCAGGCGUGGUCAAGGAGAAGAAGUCCAAGCGGCAGCUUAAGAGAGAGCGGAAGCAGGAACAAAAAUCUGCUGUUCAUAUUUGUUCUGAGGUUGCAAAAAGUGGUAGGACAGAAGAUUGUCGAUUUGGUGGAAGUUGCCGCUUUAAUCAUGAUAUUAAUGCUUUCUUGGCUCAGAAACCAGCAGAUCUUGAAGGGGUUUGUCCUUUUGCUACUUUUGAAGGGUUAUGCCCGUAUGGAAUAACUUGCAGAUUUUUAAAUACACAUCAAAAACAGACUUUAGAAAAUCGGGAUAUUUCUAAGAAGAACUCUGAGGUUAAUAUUCUGAAGAAAGAUUUGCAAAAGCUUUUGUGGAAAAAUAAAUUUUCUUUUACCAAGGCAGAUUCUCAACUCAAAGCCCUGGGGUUAAAGGGGAACAAAAGUAUUGUGUCGAAGGCAGGAAAUGGUCAGUUGGACACCAAUCAAGAAAAUUCCAUUGUUUUGAAUGAUCUUUGUGCUGAUGAAGUUGAUGAUACUCGUUCUAUGAAUGCGAAUGAAAUGAGCCAAUCUCCAGGGAAGGCUAUAGAAACAAAAUGUUCAAGCGAUUCUUCAGACUUCUAUGAGUCUAGACGUCCGAAGAAGGUAAAAUCUCAUGUUGAUGGAAAUAUUGAAGCAACUUAUGGUGAGGUAGGUAAAUGUGAAAGGGAAAAUGAUCUUCCAAAUAAUAGUUUGCCUUAUUGUUGUGAAGGGGCCUCAAGCAUUAAAAUGUGUUCUAAAUCUGAUUUGAGUAUAAAGCCUCUUGCAAGGGAGAAAAAACUUGUUGAUUUUAGAGGGAAGCUUUACCUUGCACCUCUUACUACUGUUGGCAACCUUCCUUUCAGAAGGAUCUGCAAAAAUUUUGGGGCUGAAAUCACUUGUGGAGAAAUGGCUGUUUGCACUAAUCUCCUGCAGGGGCAAGCUUCCGAAUGGGCAUUACUAAGGAGACACUCGUCAGAGGACUUUUUUGGGGUACAAAUUUGUGGAGCAUAUCCAGACUCCAUAGCUCGCACUAUUGAACUUAUUGAUGAACAAUGUGAAGUUGACUUUAUCGACAUCAAUAUGGGAUGUCCUAUUGAUCUUAUUGUUAAUAAAGGUGCUGGAUCUUCUCUUCUUACGAAACCCAUGAGGAUGAAGAGCAUUAUUCAAGUAGCCAGUGGAACAGCCAAGGGGCCGGUAACUAUUAAGGUUCGAACCGGUUUUUUUGAAGGAAGAAAUCGAAUUGAUUCCCUUAUUUCAGAUAUUUAUGAUUGGGGAACGACCGCAAUAACUGUACAUGGUCGAUCCAGACAACAACGGUAUAGCAAGCUUGCUGACUGGAAUUAUAUAUAUCAGUGCACAAAUAAUGCUCCAACCGGUCUCCAAGUGCUUGGAAAUGGUGAUAUUUUUUCAUAUUGUGACUACAAUAAGCAUAUGGCUGAUUGUCCUGAACUUUCUACUUGCAUGAUUGCUCGUGGUGCUUUAAUUAAGCCUUGGAUAUUUACUGAAAUUAAGGAACAAAGGCACUGGGAUAUCAGUUCAGGAGAGCGGUUAAAUAUUUUUAGGGACUUUGUGAAUUUUGGUCUUGAACAUUGGGGCUCUGAUACGAAAGGCGUGGAAACAACUAGGCAUUUUCUGUUAGAGUGGCUUAGUUACACCCACAGAUACAUUCCAGUUGGUUUAUUAGAUAUUAUCCCACAGCGUCUUAAUUGGCGGCCGCCAAGCUACUCUGGCAGGGAUGAUCUUGAGACCUUAAUGCCCUUAAUGGCUUCCGACUCUGCUGCCGAUUGGAUUAGGAUAUCCGAAAUGCUGCUUGGCAAGGUUCCGGAAGGAUUUACUUUUGCUCCAAAACACAAGUCAAAUGCUUAUGACAAGGCUGAGAAUGGCUGAUUUUGCAAAUAUUCAUCUUUAGAUGCAGCUGAAAGAUUAUUAUAUGCAUCACCUUCCCUGGCCAGUUUAGAGAAAUUUUCCAAAAUUGGACAGAAGAAGGGAAAGGCUGCUUGAAAUGGGCUUCAAAUUUCCGGUGCUUGUAUUUCAGUGUUACACAAUUUGUUUGCAUAAUCAAGCAUUUUAAGCUUCUAAAUUGCUCAUUAAUUUAGUGAACGAUGGGCAUUUUGCAUAACUUUGUUACAACAAUGACAACAAACCUUCAUUGUUAUCCUAUUGAGUGAU